UUUGUUUUUUUACGGUGGCUGGCCAGAUAUCAUUGUUUCAGUUAAGACCCCUUUUAACGUGCCAGGUGGGAAACUAGACCUCCGGUCCCCGCCCUACCUAUCUCCGUAACCCGUCGCUUUUUUUUAGGAUCAAGCCAGAGAAGGCUUUCCUGGGGAGACACAGAGACAACUACUGAUCCUUCUCUGAUCUAAUGGCUGGUCAGUCGAAGCAGGCGCGUCUGGGGCCAUGGGAGAGCGCAAUCGCCGGUGCAACCGGUGCAGUGCUGGCGAAUGCGCUCGUAUACCCACUGGAUCUUGUCAAGACGAAGCUUCAGGUCCAAGUUAAGAACCAAAAUGCUACCAAGAGUGUCGCUCCCGGAUAUGAGCAACACUACGAGUCCACCAUGGACGCCAUUAACAAGAUCGUCAAAGAUGAGGGUGUUGCGGGACUAUAUGCGGGAAUAAACGGUGCUCUGCUGGGAGUCGCGUCGACAAAUUUCGCUUAUUUCUACUGGUACUCGGUGGUACGAACGCUAUACAUGGCUUCCAACAAACUGCCCAAGCCCCCCGGCACUGCGAUCGAGCUUAGUCUCGGCGCCGUAGCUGGUGCUGUCGCGCAAAUCUUCACAAUCCCAGUGGCCGUCAUCACAACACGACAGCAGACACAGCCAAAGGGGGAUAAGAAAGGUCUGUUUGAUACAGGUCGGGAGGUCGUCAACAGCGAGGACGGUUGGUCUGGCCUGUGGAGAGGUCUGAAGGCCAGCUUGGUUCUUGUGGUGAACCCUGCCAUCACAUACGGAGCGUACCAGCGAUUGAAGGACAUUCUCUUCCCUGGAAAAGCGAGUCUCAAACCGUGGGAGGCUUUCGUCCUUGGUGCCCUUUCGAAAGCAUUGGCGACCAUUGCGACCCAGCCUUUGAUUGUCGCAAAGGUUGGUCUGCAGUCGCGUCCCCCUCCUGGUCGUGAGGGAAAGCCUUUCAAGAGCUUUGUCGAAGUUAUGCGAUAUAUCAUUGACAACGAGGGACCCCUUUCCCUCUUCAAGGGAAUCGGCCCUCAGAUCACCAAGGGGCUCCUGGUCCAGGGUUUCCUUAUGAUGACGAAAGAAAGGGUGGAACUCCUGUUUCUCGUUCUCUUCGCCUAUCUCCAGAAACUCAAGCAAUCGCGAUUGCGGAAGGCGGCCGACGCUGCCGCUGAGAAGGCUAAGACCAGCCUUCCGGCUACUCUGAAAUAGUCCUACACACUUCCCUUUUACAUGUAUCGUCUGUUUCCUGUUUCUGUGGCCUU